AUGUUAAGGAAGGGGAAGAAAAAGCCUGCUGAACCAGAAGUAAAAGAGAACAAACCAUACUUAGAAGAGGAAUAUGUUAAAAGUUUUAUCAGAGAAAUAUCAGAAGUCAGAGAACUUGUGCCUCUCCCACCAAGUAUUGACCUUAAUGAAUGGCUGGCAUCAAACAGUUAGUAUGACUGUAGAUUGUGCUUUGAUUGAAGGGUGAACCUCUGAGAUAACUACAGGAAAAUUCUGAAAUUGAGAAGAACAAGCUCAUCAGAUUUGAGAAAACUUAACUCCAAGCAGUAAACUUUAUAAGUUUGUGGUUUCCUGGUUUUUUCGAUUGUUCUGAUCAUGUGUGAUUUUCAAUCACACAUCAAACAUCCAUAACAUAUCUCGAUGUUACAGUUUGCAGUUUUCUUUGGUUGACAGUAAUUUGAAACAUUGUAGAUCUCUUCCAUAUGGUUGGCCUUAUAAACUCCAAUUCUUUUGAUUACAUCUGUAAAUUACAUUGUAUCUCCACCAACCCUAUCCAUCAGUCAUGUUCAGUUCAACAAUGAUAGAAUUUUCACUCCAAAACAAGGACUAUGAGGAUUGUUUACCUGUAGAUGCACUUAACAGAGUUCUCAUUAGGAUAACUAUUUUUCAGAGGUCAAUGAAAUGGGAGCUACCAGUUGUCAUAUGUUUGUCCCUUAAUGACCUGUUUCAGUUAAUAAUGCUGUUUAAUUUGCAGAUGAACCAAGAAAAAGAAAUGUAUAUUUUUUCAUCCUCUUUGUAGCUUUAGCCUUCUUUAACCAAAUUGACUUAUUGUAUGGAAGUGUCAGUGAGAGAUGUACCACAACAACCUGUCCUACCAUGUCAGCACCUGGCUCUGUGUAAGUUAGAUGAGUCUUUGGAAUUCAAAUCAAAGUCUUUAUGUCGUAUAUGUACUGUAUCAAUAAUUAUUGCAUAACUGUAGUAUUUUUCUGUCUUUGAAAAACUACAUUUAUGACCAUUCAUUUUCUAUGAACUAAACAGAAUGACCUAACUUAAGUACUACCUUACCAGCAGGUCACAACCAACUUAUUAAUCACAACUCACCUAGGCAGCUUUUCAAGAGUCUUACAACCAACAGCAUCACUGCAAAACUGACCAAUUAGUUUUCAGGAACUAGACUUAUGAUGAUAUUUGACUGACAAACAACUCCUUACGUAUCUCUGACAAUGACUCCUGCUCAUGUUAAUGAAACACGUAUCACAUCAACUGACAACAGUAUUUUUAAGUAUCACUCUCUCUUGAAUGAUCAUACUACACAUUAAAAAAUUCUAAUCAUCUCAAUUGAUUUUUAGAACUUACUUUUGGCAUGAUGACAAAGGAAAGAAAAUUACCAAAACAAAUGUUUCUGCACCUCAGUACAUUGAUUUGGUUUUGACAUGUAGUCACAAGUAUCUUCAUGAUGAUGCUGUGUUUCCAACAAAAUAUGGUAAGUGUAAUCCUUUAACCCAUUAGGGUGAUUGACAUUUUAUUUCUCCUUACAGUAUCGCUGUUGAAUCAAACAUGAAGGUCAUGAGAUUAAAGGAAAUGAUCAACAGCUAAAGAAACCAUGUCUUGUUAAUCCUUUAACUCCCAUGAGUGACCAAGACAGAAUUUCUCCUUACAAUAUCAAUACAAUAUCAACCAGAUUAGUGAUGAGAAUAAAGAAAAAUAUCAAUUUUGGGAUAAUUAGUUGAUCCAAUACUAAAUUCUCUGAACUAGCAUUAUAAAAAUUAUAUGGUUGACAUUAAGGAGAAUUACAAACUUGAUCUGGGAGUUAAAGGGUUAAACAAAUUCUCAUUUUCAACACCUUAAAUGUACGAAGAACAUUAUAAAGAAUAGGCAUGCUGAUGAUAUUAUGUUAGUAAUAAAUGUUACUAGCAGUGGCCUAGUGGACUAUCUACUGGCAAGUCUUUGUAUUAUAUUUCAACCCAACCAUUUCCUCAACAUAUAAACACUAUUAUAAAGUAAUUAGUCAGGGAAAUGGAAAACUUGUGGCAUAUACACCAUGUUUGAAAUGCUAUGACCAUAGUAAGCUAACAGGAUUGAGGAGGAUGUAUGUGGGAAUAGGCCUUCUUGUCUGUAUCAAUAAUUUGGUUAGGUGACUGACAAACUACAUGUGAUGUAACAAUUAAAGGGCAUGUUAAAAAAUCAAAUAUUUGUCAAAUUUUUAGACAAAUUUUCAGCUAUGCCUAAGGUAUUAAUUUGCCCUUUAAUUAAUUCUCUUUAUAUUUCUCACUGGUUUGCAUUUUGCUUUCAAGAUACAACUUUGCAUUCACAAAUGUUCCCUUCUCGAAGAAAAUAUUCUCCCUUUUAAUUGUUUUAAAGAAGUUGCUUCCCUGUGAUACUGACCCUUCCUCCCACAAGUGAUUAACAUGUAACUUCUCCCUUUAAUAUCCAUACAUUAUUAAGCAAACUGGUAAUGAGAAGUUUUUAUCUUAAUCUAACAUCUAACUCUUGUAACUCAUUUAAAAGGAAGUGGAGGAGCCAGAGGGGAGAAUUGAUAAUCAAAUCUUGGGAGUCAAAGGGUAAAAGUACAACAGGAUCAUACAAGGAAAUUGUUUGGUUCAAAUUACAGGGAUCAACUGAAGAAUAAGAAAAACCAAUAAUGAAAAAAUUAAAUCUUACUGUUCUCUAGAGUGAGAAUUUUAUCUUAAAUCGAUACUUCCCUCUUUUUAUCCUCUCUCAACAGGUCUGACAUUUCCGGCAACAUUUCUGACAACAGUGCGGAAAAUUUUCAAGCUUCUAUUUCAUGUGUUGGCCCACAUGUACUAUGCACACUUCAACAACUUAUUAAACCAUGGACUACAAUCUCACAUUAAUACAGUUUUGAUGAACUUUUUUUUGUAUCACCAAGAAUUUAACUUGUUGGAUCCAAAGGAAACUGCACCAUUGGAUGACCUUCUUCAAGCAAUGGGUUUAAUAAAUCAAAGUUAGUUUUUUAAAAUAUCUUGUACGGGUACAGCUGUAUGUAUUUUAGAUAAAAGAUCUGUCUUCAUUAAGUAACUAUAUUUUCCCAAUUGGUGGUGUUCAUAUUUGUGAGAAGCCCUGAAACAAAAGUUGCUCCAAAUUUUAAUUUAAUUCUAAAAAAAUAAAAGUUUGUUUUAUUUUUUAGCAUUAGACAAGUAUGUUUUAAAUUGGCUACUGUUGAAUGAUAAUUUAAUUAGGUAAAGGUCUCAUCUCUCUCUCUCUCUUAGGAACUUAAUAUUGUUUACACCCUUACUAUGUGCUAUACAUUUCUUGCGUUUUGCUAAUUCUUAGAGUUUGGCUUAAAGGAAACCUCCACUGAUGGAACAAACUUUUUGUUUAAUUAUCAAACUUAUCUUUUAAGUUGAAAGUUUUUGCCUUAAAUAGAAAUUAACUACAGUUGAACCCAGCAAAUUCAACUUUCUUGAGAGGAAACAAAAGGUAGAGCCAGUGGGAGUUUGAGUUAGCUGACAGUAAAUGACUUUAAAAAUUGGUGGUAAGGAAAUGGGGUCUUGUUCAAGUUACCCAAUGGUUUGACUAAGUAGAGUUCAAGUUAGUGGGAUUCUACUGUACUUUGUGCAAGAUAAAUUGGAAAAAGAUGUUGCCAGUUUUCAAACUGGAAUUCUGUGUGUGUUUGCAUGUUGAAUUGUGUGGUGUGUCUCGGAUGCCACUGUUAUCUGCAGGAUACCCCUUGGACUCUGUGGACAGAAGAGCUAUAACAUCAAAUGUGCCAAAAUGGUGCCUUCCAGGAAAUUCAAGCACAAGUUUUGCUUAUAUUUGUUGACAGGUUUUAUACAUUUCAAUUCUUGUUUCCCAAUUCUUCAAGGUUGGAGGUUUCCUUUAAAUUUAAGAAGAUCUUCUUAAAUAUAUAUUUGUUUUGUUUUCCUCUGAGUUUGUGAGUCGUUUGAAUGAGGAAAUUUUCACUACUGUAACAAUAUUAUUUUUAAAUAAGUUUCUAAUAUUGUUCUCUCCUGAUAGUGAAAGGUUUAGUCAUGUUUACUAAUUUUAAAGGUUGAUGUAGUUUUAAGAAGUAAAUAUUAUUUAUAAUAGUUAUUAGCUCAAAAUUUGAGGGAUUCUGGUGAUAGUAAACAUGUACUAUGUAGAUUGGUCAGUUAGACCUUGUUAACUAUCAGUAGUUUAUGUUUGGCAAAAGAAAUGCCUUUCACAACAACUUAGUUGGUGUCUGUUUUAGAAUUUGUCACUGUCCAGUUUAAAAUCUUUUCAAAACAUGAUUCUGCUUACCGUAGGGUUAACUUAUGUCAGCCUUCAGUUCUACUUUGAGAUAUCAGUCUGAUUGAUUUUCUACAAAAGGGAUUUAUGUACUUAUCAGCUUUAAUUGUAAAGACACUCUUGCGUGUUGAUUUGAACUAAAUGUACCCUUUAACUCCCAUGAUCUGAUUGUUUUUUCUCCCCUCUAGCUGCUACACAUUUUCUUGUAAAUUAUUUACUGAGAAUUUGGUGCAAGAUCAAGGUUGCAACUUCUGCCUGAUAAGUCUGAAUAUUCUAAUCACCUGUCUGUGAGAUAAUGAAUGGAUAUUAUAAGGAGAGGUUGCAUGAUACUCAGUCAUGGGAGUUUAAGGUUAAGAAACAUUUGUGAAGAAAUGGUGAUUAAGUUGCUACUGUAAGUUAUGCUUUAGAAGCUCCUCACUUCAGUUAGUUUCUGCUAUUCAUAGGUUUAAGUCAAGCUCCUUGUUUUACAUUUUAAAGGGCAAUUCAGUAGUAAGGUGUGUCAGAUAACACUUGCAUGGUUGUGCUUCACCUUGAUGGUGGAGUGUUUUUGUCGCUGGUCACGACAAAUGCAUGAAAAUUGACAAUGUCAUCUUCCUCAACUGAUUCUUUUUGGCCAAUAUGUUGAUUUUUCUACUCAGGCAUGCUUUGCUUUGUAGUUACAACCCUGUGGCAUUACAUCAAUGGUUUGUGAAGAGUAAAGUCAGU